ACAUAGGGAGCGACUGAGCGCCCAACCCCUAUUGCCAAUACCGAGUUGAUGAUCCACCUAAAAGCACAGCACCGAAAGUGCUUGACUAAAGCAGUGACGUCACGGAUACCACCUUUUCUGUCUCUCGCGCCUCGGACACACACACACACGGUUAAGUUUGACAGUCUCGGUUCAGGCAGCGCAGCGGUUGAUGCAGGUUUGUUUGGCCACCGGCGCACAGUUGCGCUUCUGCUCUCCGUGUCCAUUGAAAGGAAUUCUAUAGACUUCGAGUGAUUGGCUUUGGUUUUUGGCUUGGUUUUGAUUUUUUGUUCCAUCUUGAAGAGACUGAGAAAUAACUGCCAACAUGUCGCUGGAUCAUGACGAUGUGAAUAAGCUGACCGAAAGUACAUACAAGAAUGUGAUGGAGCAGUUCAACCCAGGUCUGAGGAACCUGGUCAAUCUGGGGAAGAACUAUGAGAAGUCUGUAGCCGCGAUGACUCUUGCUGGGAAGAUGUACUUUGAUGCUGUGUCAAAGAUAGGAGAGACUGCUUCCGUGUCCCCUGUCUCCAGAGAAUUAGGUGUGGUUCUGAUGGAGAUCUCAGAGGUGCACAGGAAGGUUCACCUGGAGCUGGAGGAGAACUUUAAGCGGUUCCACAAAGAAAUCAUUGCUGAGCUGGAGAGGAAAACAGAGAUGGACGUCAAAUAUAUGACUGCCACAUUCAAGCGGUACCAGACGGAGCACAAGCUGAAGCAGGACUCUCUGGAGCGCUCUCAGAUGGACCUGAAGAAGCUGCAGAAGAAGAGCCAGGGGAAACAUGUCACCAAGUACGAGAUCAAGGAGAAUGAGUAUAUGAAGACCAUCUCGUCGCGGCAGAGUGACAUGCAGAAGUUUAUCGCUGACGGCUGCAGAGAGGCCCUCCUGGAGGAGAAGAGACGAUUCUGCUUUUUGGUCGACAAACACUGCAUGUUCUCCUACCAUGUCACCGCCUUCCACGAGAAGGCCAAAGAGUUGCUGGUGGUAAAGCUGCCCAGCUGGCAGGAUAAAUGCAGCGAUGCCACCAAGGUCCCUGACACAGUGAUGACCAUGAUAAAGGGGCUCCGCACCCCCGUGUCUGGGACCCCAGAAGCCUCGCCUCUCGUCGAGCGCUACAACAGGAACAAUGGGGACUCGAUGGUUCCCCCACCAGUCCCCCAGCUGAAGGCCCAGAUCAGUCCACUGGCUAAUAUGUUCAACCAGGACGUCCCCCACAACUCCAUCACAUCAACAUACACCUCCACAUCAGACCACAACUCAGACCAGGGCAGUAUGGAGGACAGUGGCAGUAUGUCUCUGUCCAGGUCGGUAUCGAUAGGUUCAGGACUGAACGUGGGCAGGAAGCAACGGGUCAGGACCAUCUUCCCUCACACGGCCGGCAACAACAACACGCUCCUUUCCUUUGACGACGGUGACAUCAUCAUGCUGCUCAUCCAGGAGGAGAAGGAUGGAUGGCUGUAUGGAGAGCUGGAGAAUACCCGGCAGCGGGGCUGGUUUCCCUCAUCUUACUGCCGACCUUAUAAUGAACCACUGAUCUCAAACAGUUUGGGGACACCAGUGCAUUGUCUGAGUGUGGCCAGUCUUCCGGAACAGGAAGAGGAAGAGCCUGUUCUGCUGCCGCCGCCAGACUACAGCGACGGGAAGGAGAGUAGCCCUGUCAGACUUGUCAGCUCCUCCACACCCUCACCCAAAAACACGAUCUCUCUACCCAAUGGGGUUGGAAAGUCUCCCUUUCUGGGAGGUGGGAAUCCCUUUGCCACUGUCAAACUGAGACCUACAGUGACCAAUGACAGAUCAGCACCAAUCGUCUAAUAACCAGGGAUCAUCCAGAAUCAUAAAGCUUGGGACCUCUGCCCCACCAACACUCCAAAAUCACAGUCCGACAAGAUGUCCAGACAGCCUGGAUUCUACUCUGCUUCAGCAAACCAGCUCAAUUGUUGCUAGUUCCAUUGCAACUGCAUUGUAAAACAGACCAGUGAAGUGACAAUAAAUAUGAGCAGUGCUGAAACAGACUAAUAUCCAGGCUACCUUCCUGACUCUUCAGCACUCAGAUAAAAAUAUAUAUAUAUAUAUAUAUAUAUAUAUAUAUAUAUAUAUAUAUAUAUAUAUUAUGUCUGUAGUAGUUGUGGGAAUGAUGGGAGAGAGACACUAGUUGGGAAAAGAAGAGCUCAAUUAUUUGCCAUGUUUAUUUUUUUAUUAUUAUGUGACCAUUUUUAAAUGGGGAAACUAUUUAUGUAAACAUCUUUAAACAAAUUCUUAGAUAUAUUAUUUUCUUGUGCCACUAGAGAUCCUGGUUCGAGUCCAGGCUCUGUCGCAGCCGGCCGUGACCGGGAGACCAAUGGGGGCGGC